AGAUUUUGAACUAACCUUGCCUUCCUGGAAUAAAUGCUACUUGAUCAUGGCGAAGCUUCCGGUUCCGGCGGGGGCCGUCCCUGGCGGCGGAGAUGGCGGCGACGGCGGCUGAGGCUGUGGCAUCGGGCUCCGCAGGGCCCCGGGAAGAAGCUGAAGCCCCCGGCCCCACCUGGGAUGAGUCCCAGUUGCGCAGUUACAGCUUCCCGACCAGGCCCAUCCCCCGUCUGAGUCAGAGUGACCCUCGGGCAGAAGAGCUUAUUGAGAAUGAGGAGCCUGUGGUGCUGACCGACACAAAUCUUGUGUAUCCUGCCCUGAAAUGGGACCUUGAGUACCUACAAGAGAAUAUCGGCAACGGAGACUUCUCUGUAUAUAGUGCUAGUACCCAUAAGUUCUUGUAUUAUGAUGAGAAGAAGAUGGCUAAUUUCCAGAACUUUAAGCCAAGGUCCAACAGGGAGGAAAUGAAAUUUCAUGAGUUUGUGGAGAAAUUGCAGGAUAUACAACAACGAGGAGGGGAAGAGAGGUUGUAUCUGCAGCAAACACUCAAUGACACUGUGGGCAGGAAGAUUGUCAUGGACUUCUUGGGUUUUAACUGGAAUUGGAUUAAUAAACAACAAGGAAAGCGUGGCUGGGGGCAGCUGACCUCUAACCUGCUGCUCAUUGGGAUGGAAGGAAAUGUGACACCUGCUCACUAUGAUGAGCAACAGAACUUCUUUGCUCAGAUAAAAGGCCACAAGCGAUGCAUCCUAUUCCCUCCAGAUCAGUUUGAGUGCCUCUACCCAUAUCCUGUCCAUCACCCGUGUGACAGGCAGAGCCAGGUAGACUUUGACAAUCCUGACUAUGAGAGGUUCCCUAAUUUCCAAAACGUGGUUGGUUAUGAAACAGUGGUUGGCCCUGGUGAUGUUCUUUACAUCCCAAUGUACUGGUGGCAUCAUAUAGAGUCUUUACUAAAUGGGGGCAUUACCAUCACUGUGAACUUCUGGUAUAAGGGGGCUCCAACCCCUAAGAGAAUUGAAUAUCCUCUCAAAGCUCAUCAGAAAGUGGCCAUAAUGAGAAACAUUGAGAAGAUGCUUGGAGAGGCCUUGGGGAACCCACAAGAGGUGGGGCCCUUAUUGAACACAAUGAUCAAGGGCCGAUACAACUAGCCUGCCAGGAGUCAAGGCCUCCUGCCAGGUGACUGCUAUCCCGUCCACACUGCUUCAUUGAUGAGGACAGGAGACUCCAAGCGCUAGUAUUGCACGCUGCACUUAAUGGACUGGACUCUUGCCAUGGCCCUGGAGGCAGGUGUUUGGGGCGAGGCAGGGCAGUUGGCACUCCACUCCCAUUUGGAGGGACUUCUUACUCUUGCCUCUUGUGCCCCAGCACCUUCCUUCUACCCCACCCCCCCGACCCCAAAGUCCUACAUUCAGUGUGUGGAGUCCCAGCUUUUGGUUAUCAUCAUGUCUGUGUGUGUUAGUCUGUUAACCUUGGGAUGUGUGUGCACGCAUGUGUGUGUGUGCACACGAAUGUGUGUAUCUGUUCCUCAUUUCCACCUUUUGGGUCAAGGUGUCACUUAUGGCUCUCAGCCCUAUCUCCUUGCAGCCUCAGUGCCUCAGCCUGAGAGAGAGGAGUUGCUCUUGGACCCUCCACUGCAUUUGGGCUGUAGGGCCAGAAAUAGUCUGUCAUUGGGUCCUUCUGCCUCCAUCCAGUUUUUGCAUAGUCAAACUCUAAGCUGGGUGGGAAUGGCUGCUGGGACUCUAAUGGGGAGAAAGAGAGGGAGGCUUGCCUUUGAGAGCCUAAAGAGCCUUCCUGUGAGAGAGGAUUAGAGUUCCUACUGGGACCUACAAGCUCAAGCCAUACGUAGAAAGGACCUUGAGACAUAAGAACCAAGGAUUGUGUGUAAGUUCUGAAUUAAAGACACAUAUAGUUUCUCUUUCAGCACCAGCUCUUCCCCCGGUGCUGCGUACCAAGGGACUUCUAGCUUUGUCAUCUCUAGGUUCUAGGGGUGCAGACCUCUGUGUGUAUGUGCAUGUGUUUGUGUGUGUGUGUCCACACUGGCCAGCUUCCCUGCUUACUAAGGUUCUCCACUGCUUACCUUGUCCAGUGGAGCAAUACAGGAAGUACUGCCUGACCUGA